CGCUGGCCGGCUGGCAGGCCCGGGUGGACAUGGCGGCGGCGGCGGCCCCGGAGCAAGAGGACCGCAGGCCGAUCCGGAGGGUUCGUUCCAAGAGUGACACGCCUUACAUCAACGAAGCGAGGAUCUCUUUGCACCUGGAGACAGCCGAAGAAGUAGAAAGGCUAGCGGCAAUGCGCUCUGAUUCACUGGUUCCUGGCACGCACACGCCUCCCAUCAGGCGGCGAAGUAAAUUUGCCACCCUGGGGCGUCUCUUUAAACCCUGGAAAUGGAGAAAGAAGAAGAGUGAAAAGUUCAAGCAGACCUCCGCUGUGUUGGAAAGGAAAAUGUCCACAAGACAGAGCAGAGAGGAACUGAUCAAGAAAGGCGUGCUGAAGGAAGUUUACGAGAAAGUAGACAGUUCGUCAUCAUCGGUACCACAGGAGGAGGGGAAGAUGCAAAAUGGCCGCUCUCCCGUGCCGGGGCGCAAUUUGCCACAAUUUGAAGGUACCCAGCCAAUGGAAGGAGCGGCUGGGACCGGAGGUGUACUGGUGUUUGACAUCCCCGUUGAGAGUACAAGUCAACCGGACCAAGCUCAAAAAUGUAACCAGGCUCCCCCCGCAAAAAAACCUUCUGUGUACCCCACGGACGAUAUUGACUCAACAUUGCACAGACCUCCUGCAAUACACAAGCAAGGUCCAGCGCUACUACCAAAACCUUCCAGCAGGAUCGCAAAUCACACAACAGAUGGCACCCCGGUGAAGUUGCCGUGCAUGGCAGUGAAGCUAUCUCCUCCUCUAGCGCCCAAGAAGCUCAUGAUCUCCGUACCCGCGGGGUGCGUGGAAGCCUUCCCGCCUCUGCUCGCCUUCCAGAAGUGCUCCGCCCCUGCCAGCCACGCCCCCGUGGGCGGCCACUCACUGCAGUACGGAACACUGCCCGUCCCGCUUCACCCGCCGAGCCGAAUCAUCGAGGAGCUUAACAAGACCCUAGCCCUGACCAUGCAGAGGUUUGAGAGUUCUGUGAUGCGCGGCAUUCCCACGGUGAUGAUGGAAUGCGACGACAAGGAGAAUCUCCCCAAUGAGGCGGACUACGAGGAUCUGCCUGUGAUGUAUGGGGAUGACGAUGAAGACGAGGAGGAAUUAGAGGAGGAAGAUGAACAAGUGGAUGAGGAGGAGGAGGAGGAUGAUGAGGAGGAGGAUGAAGCAUUGUUUACAAGCACGCUGGCCCUGAAGGUGCUACGAAAGGACUCUUUAGCCAUUAAAAUCAGCAACCGUCCAUCAAAGAGGGAGCUGGAGGAGAAGAACAUUCUGCCGCUACAGUCCGACCAGGAGAGACUCGAGUCCCGACAGCAAACAGCGACCAAGCUGACACGACGAUUGAGUCAGCGCCCAACUGCCGAGGAACUGGAACAGAGGAAUAUCCUGAAACCUCGAAACGACCUGGAGGAGCAGGAGGAGAAGAGGGAGAUCAAGAGACAUUUAUCCAAAAAACUCAGCCAGCGGCCCACGGUGGAGGAGCUAAGGGAAGCAAAGAUCCUCAUUCGCUUUAGCGACUACGUGGAAGUUGCCGAGGCUCAGGACUACGAUAGGAGGGCAGACAAGCCCUGGACGCGACUGACGGCCGCUGACAAGGCUGCCAUAAGGAAAGAGCUGAAUGAGUUUAAAAGCACCGAGAUGGAUGUGCACGAGUCCAGUCGUCACUUCACCAGGUUUCAUCGGCCCUAAAGGAACGGUGAUAUUGCCGCAUAGGCGGGCAGACGACACACUCGGCAACUUUCCUUGGAAUGUCGUUCCAGGCUGAUUUGGAUUUCCAUAAACAUUUUGUAUCAACAAACUGCACUUUUGUCAAGUCAAAUUGGUGCCAAUUCGGAUUCAUUGAAAGAAGACUGGACUUGAAUGAGACUAUUGGUGAUUUGGAAAUCCUAAUUCAGAUUCAGACUCAUUUGAGCCUUUUCCAUGUUUUACUGCUAAAGAGCAACAUCUUUCUGUUCAUCCACCAACGUCCUGUUUUUUUCAGGCCACGAGGUUCUUGCGGCCGGCAACAAUUCUAAUCUCCGUGUUCAACUUGCACUAUGUUGAAUUGUGACAGGGUACAAUGAUCGUGUUCCAUAAAUCAAGCAGAAUGAAGGGACAGAUUAUGUGCAAUGAGACUUAAGUAGACUAUUGUGACUUUUAAUAAUAUCAUGGGGGGGGUUAUGAUAUCAUUUAUGUCAGUGUUUGUUGGGACCAUUUCCAUUCUUCCAGGUGAGUUGAGUCUCACCCAAUACUUGGUUCUUCAAAAAUCAAAUGUCUUCAAAACCAAAUCAGCAGUGCAAUAAUCUCAAACAAAUCUUGACUUGUUGAAGCGAGCACAACUUCCUAAUUUGAACCAAACGACGCGAGUCCAUUUGAACGCAUUCCACAAUUGCCGACGUGGACCCUCCAGUGAGCUUCUGGUUCAGAGCGCCUGCAGUCAGGUUGACAGCACUCUUGAUUUCUCCAUACUGCUCCGUGUUUGUGUGUGAGAGCAUCUGCGUGAUAGUGUGCGUGUG